AUGGAUGGUCAUAUAAAGGCUCAUAUGGAUCGUAUGCCGAUUACAGAACAAUUGAGGAAUUGGCAGGGUUUUGCUGGACUAUACCUUGGUGAAGUUCAGAAAUCUGAGAAGGCCCUAAAAAAUAUCGACGACAAUCUUGGAAUUAGGGUGUCGCCUUAUAUCGAGUUUAUAAGAGAGAUUGUUGAGAAUUUUCGUAAGUCGGUAAAUGAUGAGAGUGUUACAAAUUCUGUCAAGGCACUCAACGCUAAAUUCAUGUACCAUCGAAAAGACGUGGCUUCUCACAUUGAGACCAAAAUACAGACCGUAAAACAAUCGUUGAGUGAGAAGUUGGGACAAAUUGGCAAGGAUAUUGAAACUCUUAAGCAGGCGAGAGACACGCACAUUAAGAGUAUUAGGAAUGCCAUGAAAUUGGCGCAGCAGGCGGCGGACAAUUUGCUUGGAAAAACGGGUACCGAAUUUGAUACCGCUUACAAGACAUUAAUUACUAAUAAGUUUACUGAAAUAAAAGAUGCAGUUGAGAAGUUUGCUAAGGAGGGUUCCGAUAGCACAGAUCUUUUGAAGCAGUUUGGCAUCGUCAAUCAGCAAGUCAACAGUGAGAUGUCAACUGCCCUGCUGGCGGAUUUGACUAAGUUGAAGGAGGCUAUAGAUGACGUUGACAAACAUGUGGAAAAUGAUAAGGCUGACGGUAUUGGUCUUGUGAGCGGUGAAUUGCAGGAUCUUCAGACGGCGAUGGCGACUCUAGGUAGUAAGAUUCUUGAGAGGAUUACGGAGACAUCCGCCGAACUAUGGGUUCACUAUGAGAAUGUGUUGGAAGAUAAAAUCAAGGAUCUUGCGACUAUGUUCAAGCCUUUGAGGGAAGCCAUCUACGGUGAGGGAGGAACAUCCAAAAAUCCGGCCGAUAAGUCACUUGGCAAGUAUAUUAUUGACUUAACGGCUGCGAUCGGCGGUAAUGGCGACGAUGACGAUGACGCCGAUGAAGACGGCAAGCUUGACAAAGCAAUUAAGAAAUUCCACUCUGCCGCUGAAGCAGAAAUCAGAAAUGCAGCCAAGACGGCGAUUGAGAAGGCGCUCGAGGAAUUCAAGAUGGACGCUGAUGACAACAAAAUCAAUGUGCCAGCAAUGAUGACUCUGUUUAAUAGCGCCAAAACAAAGAUUACUAAUGCGUUGUUGUUAAUGGCUGGAGAACUCGAGAAACUUAAGAAACUUCCCACCACAAUCGAACAAACCGGAAAGAAUGCUGGAGAGUUGAUGGAUGAAUUAAAGGAAAGGAUCGACGGUGUCAAAAAAGCAAUCGACGCCAUCGCUAAACCUAUCAACGACGCCGAAGAUGCCUUCGACUCCGCCGUCGAGGCACUCGAUGGCUCCCUAGUAUUGGCUCAGAGCGCCGCGAAUGGAAAAUUGCAAGAUUUACAAUUUGAUUUGCAGGCGCGUGUAAAUAAAGCACUACAUGACCUCGAGGAUGCUGUACAGAAAAUGUACGACGAUCAAAAAAAAGCCGAAUUAAGAGCCUUGCAUAGUUCUGUCGCUGACCAAUUCUCGAACGUACGAUCUUUAAUUGAUGACGACAUGGAUAUGGGCCUAAAAGGCCUGAUGGGAAAAUUAAAAGAAGCUUUUCUGGUAUACAGGCCGUAUCCUUCAGGUACCGAUCUCCGUCCAUUCACCAAGAAAGUUAAUCAGUUCCUCACAAAAUUCUUCGACGAACUGCUGCUGCAGACAGAUUUGACAGAUGACCGUGAACGUAUGGACCCCCUCACCUCCGCCCUCUCCUCCCUGCUCUCCACAAUGUUCAAUAAACAACACUUCCACCGCGAAGUCUCCGACAAAAUCGACGCGCUCAAAAAAGCGCUCGACAACUUCACUCCAACACAAUUCCACGAAGCCUCUCCCCUGCUCAACGUCGUAAAGCGCGGCGUCACGGACCUCCACGAGCAGCUUCGCAAGCAGUACGUCAGCAGGUACUCGGGCAAAGAAUGGAAUUCUCUGCAAGAGCCGGAAAAGACAAAUUGCGCCCAAAUUCUCGUCACCAUCCUCAAGACAUUGACUCACGAUUUACGUGAGCUUCAUGAGAGAUGCGACAAGAAGAAAGGUGAUUGCAGGGAAAACAAAAUUUCCCUCAUAUCCAAGCCAAGCGUCUAUAAUCCCCUCGGCGCAUUUUUCAAGGACUGCGGCUUUAUUGUUUCCAAGUUGGAAGAGUCCUAUGAAGGAGAGCUGAGAUGUCAUGAGCAGAUGAGGGGGGGACAUUUAUUCGAGAAACUUGUUGCUUCGCUGCAAGAUGUCAACAAAAUUCUACAUCUUCCGAAAUGCGUUACAGACAAAACUGAUAACUUCACUGUCAUCGACCUACUUAAAUGUCUCACAACUCACGUCGGUGAGUAUUACCAAUCUUGCCACCUCGGACUCCCGAAGUCCAAAAAGUAUCCGUGUUCCAUUCGUGAUAUUUGUGUAUGGCUUUCUGGCCUUCCUCACACUGCAGUUUAUAACACAAUUCAGGGGCACUGUGAUAAGAUGCUCAAUCAGAAAGACGAAGCGACCGGUGCAUUCCCCAAUCAGGCCGAUAAAGUCAUGAAGAGAUCCUUGCAACACCUAUACGGUACCAUUAAAAAAACAUGUCACUUGUCACAUAGAUUAUUAGUCUCCAUCCAGGGCAACGGACGUGGCUACGACCACGCUGCGUAUCCCUAUGCGUGUUGCUUUGAGAACAACCACGGAGGGUUCUAUUACCCCGGUGAUCCGUCGUCGUUGCUUGACAUGUUGAAAGAUAUGUGUAUGCGUUUGUUGCGUGCAGUGUCUUUCUUAUACCAGCAAUGUAAGCACACAGCAUCCGACGGCAACGGGUGGCGUGAGUGUCAAUAUGGUUAUCGUGUCGGCACCUACCACUGGGAUUGCGACAAGUCAAGCGAUGACUCAAACACACAACCAAACAGACAACCUAAGUGCCAACCAAAUAGUGAACCAAAUGACCAACCAACGUGCUUACCAAAGUCCCCGCUUCAGGCCCAUCUUAUGGAUGGCCUUCCUGGUUUCAUGCCGCAUAAGUUCACAGCUGUCGGUUGCCAGGCCAUGUGCUCAACGUGCCCUAAGGGCUCACUUGUUGGUCAAUGUAUUACCCCAAUGGGCUUCGCAGAUUUGGCCACUGCGGGCUCUAUUACAGGCCGUGGCGAUGACCUCGUUGAUGUGCUUUCUACGCUUUGUAAAAAUGGCGGUUCAGUUCUGUGUGAAUUAGUGCACGCAUUACAAUGCAUAUCGCCCUCUCCACCGAAGGGCUUGGCAGAGAUGUUCUCGUACUACUGUAACGUAAUGCAGAAAUCGUACGGUGCAGUGUAUGGUCAUUAUACGCAAAGCAAAGAUGCAAUUGAUGAAGCUGUUAAUAAUAGUUUCCCAUUUAACAAUUUCAAAACGCUUCACCAAAGUUACCGAAAUUCACAACUCACUGAAAAGUUCAGAGAUUUGUAUUGUUAUAAUGGAUCCCAUAACAAACAUCUCGACGAAGGCCAUUGUGACCUUCAAAGUCUGUCCCCAAAUCCUACAUCCACCAAAUUGAAUGAGUGCUCUACUGCUAAUUCCACCUGCGCCCCUUACCUCAAAGCUCUGUGUCACGAUGCUCAUCACACAUACCCUGCAAAACACGCAAACAUGUAUCUGUCAUGGCUUUGCCGGUUGGCGUGGACAUUCUGGGAUUUGCUUGAUCAGUUGCUCAAGGCGUUCAAUAACAUAUCCUGUCAAACAUAUGGGUGUCUAUGCAAAUGCGGUUUUGGUAAACACGGCGUCACUGAGGAAGAAACAUCGCAACCUCCAAAAGUUCCGACGCCUGCCAAAAUAAGUUGCAGUUGCACUUCGAUCGUCGAGUGCAAAGGACCUAUGUCCGUAUUCUACCAGUACGGUUUCACAUUCGGAAUGCCGAAAGAGUUAAUGGGAUCCGGAAGCAAGAAGACAUGUGACAAUUUCGUAAAGCAGUUGAACAGAGUUUUAACGAACGGAUACUUCAAAGAAUUGUUUGAUGAAAUCGAUGAUUUCAUCUGGGCAAUACGUACACCCUUCUCAUACCUCUUAUUAGCCCUCUGGUCGCUGUCGCUCCUGUACCUGCUGCACAUCGCCGUCGUCCGCCUCGACGUGCUGAGGAUACGCUCCCACCUGCGCUCGCCCUCAAGCCACCGCAUCGCCGCACAGUCCCUCCUCGCCGCCGCACGCGUCAAGGCACUCGCAAACGUCAAGUACUUCUCACCAUAA